CCUGCCCUCAAUCCUCCCUGAUUCUUUGCUUCCUGCCUUGGGGUUUUUUUUUUUUGUUGCGCUUAUUUGUGCCACUGCCCCAGUUACUUGGAAUAAUCCGCGCUUUUUUAAACAUUUUCUUGUUGUGUUUGCGUUUUUUUCCACAUAUAUAUAAUGCGGCUGCUUUCCGUACAUUCACUCCAAAACACAUUCCUACCGAGAUUGUAUUCUCUAACAGCAUCCGACUGUUGUUUUGUUUGUUUGCUGCUUUCGGUGAAUAUGGACUAAUUGGGAAAACCAGUAUAAAUGCACCUGCCGUCCAAGACGCAUCCCGCUUUUGACCAUCGAAGAGGUGUGCGUGCCCUGGGUGCAGCCUGGCCUGUGCUGUGGUGGCGAUGAAGAACCCAGGAGCUGCAGAGAGCGGUCGGCUCGCCAUCCUGCUGGACGCUGCUCUGGUGAGGGAGGCUCGCCUCUGGAAGGUACCUGUCUUCAAGAAUGGAUGCAUCCAGGGCGCUGACAUCUCUUUAUCCCAACACCAAGAAAUGAUCCUCUGGCUCGGAGAGAUGAGCAGGCUGUUCCAGUUCUGUCCAGAGACCUUUGCACUGGGGGUCUGUGUCCUCAACCGACUGCUAUCUACUGUCAAGGCCCAACCAAAAUACCUGAAAUGCAUCGCUUUUACCUCGUUGAUCCUGGCUGCCAAAAUCAAUGAAGAAGAUGAGGUAAUAGGCUCUGUUAAAGACCUGGUUGUGCAGAGCGGAUGCAACUUUUCAACAGCGGAGAUUCUUCGCAUGGAGAGGAUCAUUCUAGACAAGCUGCACUGGGACUUGUACACCGCAACACCAGUCGACUUCAUUCACAUAGUAAGUCAGAAUUCAGCAGAAAGACAGGCAAACGUAACUGGGUUUUUGUUUUUUAGUUUUUUGUUUUUUACUGGACGUGAGCGAUCAGAGCAUCUCAUAGUGCGCCGGCUGGACUUUGAGAUGCCUUCUGAACUCAGGUCCCUGGUCUUGCCUAGAAACACAGCAGUACAAAAGCACACAUUUAUAACCAUCAUGCUUGCUUCAUGUUUGCUUCAAGAUGGUGUUUAUGAACCCUCACACCCCCCUCCCCCCAAACACACACACACAUUUUAG